CAAUUAGCCAUUAGGUCUUGCGUUUUAGAGGUCGUUUGCUUGUUGGAUUUGAAAAAUGAGGGUUUUGGCAAAAAAAAACUUGGGAUUUAUGUUGGAUUUAUUGGAUUAUGGAUUUGAAGAGUCUAAUGUUUGCAUGAUAGAUUUGAUGAUGGAUUUGUUAAAUAAAUAACUAACAAUCAAGGAUUUGCAAAUCCAAAAUCAAUAUGUGAGAUUUACAAGUCCGUGGGGUCCACGGAUUUGGUUUCAAAAUAAAGACCAAAUCCGUGGACCCCACGGAUUUAGCACUCUUCAACAAACAAUGGACUUAUGUUAAAUCCAUCAAGCUUGAGAUUUGUUCUACCAAAUCCAUGACCCAAAUUCAACAAGCAAACGACCCGUUAAUCUCUUACACUCAUCAAUGGCGGACGUCCGCGGCGAAGUCCAGGUCAUAACCUUCGGAGGCAAGGACUCAUCGCUUGCCUCCUCCUCCGUACACGCCAUCGCCACCGGCCAAGCACACCUCCGCAUCGACUCGUUGGCUCUAGGUAGGCUAGCUACUCAAUUCCCUCCACCUCAAUCUGUGAAAAGAUGCCGAAUCCCCAUCUCGAAAACCCUAACCCUGAUCGAAUCCCGCGCCUCACUUGUCGUUCUGGCCAACAAGCUCCUCCGCCAUCCCAGUCCUUUGAAUAUCCGCCCCGUCCUCCCUAAUCAGAUUGUCGAUGCCCUAAAUUUGGAUUCCGGCCGCGCUGUGAGUCUCGAAGUUGAAGUGACAGAAGAGGAAGGAUUGUUCGUCGAGAACUCCUGUGCCGAUCUGUGCGGCGUUUCCGCGCUUAUCGACCACGAAGCAGCUCUUCUGGCGACUACAAUGGAUGCUGUGGCUGCAUUGUCGUGCGAGGCGCUGAAAGGAAACGACACGGCGUUCAAUUCCACGGAUGCUGGAGAUGGACUCGUGGACGAGGAUGAGAUAGGUGUCGCUAGUGCUAUGAAGGUUUUGCUCAGUGGAUCAAAGAUGGUGGGAAAGAUUCCUAUUGAGGCAAUUUCGGAUAUUCCUGAAGUUCAUGGAGAAUUGAGGCAGUUUGUGAAGUCAGUACAUUCGAUGACGAGGGUCAGACUGAAUUCCGCCGUGAAACCCGUGCACGGUGGAGAGAUGAAAGAGAGGAAGGCGGUGGCGUCAAAGCUGGGACCUGUGUUCGCGCUAAGGAAUGUUGGGGCUAGUAGUUUAAGCAGGGCGAAGCUGAAUGUUGAAGCUCUAGGGAUUGAAAGUUGCAGAACUGGUUUGCUUACACUGUUUGAGUAGAAAUGCCCUACUGAAUCUGAUUUGAAGAAUGCUGCUAAGUUGGUUUCUGAUUUGCUCUUCGAACAGGAUUAUCUGACAUUCGCUCAGGCUUUGAAUUGUUUGUUGGAGACUGUGUGGAAUAUCGUAUCGUGGGAGCUUGUGACGGCUUUUAUUGUUCUAGAGGGUGCAAAUGUAACUGAAGUGAAUGCAUGGGAUAAGACGAAUGCGGCGAAGAAGAAGGAGAAGGCAGUGUUAGGGAAAGGAACUAGUGUGAUUGUGCAGCUGAUUGAGGAGUGGUUACAGAGGAAGGAAAGGGAAGGUGCGACUGUGCUGGAGAGGCUGGUGGAUGAUUUGCUGUCUCUUUUUAAACCCAGCCACCCUGAACUCGGCCAGUUAGUAAGCAAAGUGAAAGAGAUAGUGGAAAAGCUUCCUAAUGUAAAAUAGUUAACUGAAACUUCUUCUUUUUCGCUUUUGGAUUUGGCAACUCACAACUCCAAUCUGUCUGAUUUGGUGAAAGCGGGAUGUCGUUAUUUAUGUUCAUGGUUCAAACAAUUUCAUUUGGUAUGUAGAGUUUUGUGCCGUCUGAUAGGGCAAAAGCGUAUGCCUUAAUCCUAUCUCGUAGUAAACCGGAAAGUCCGGG